GUUGUUUGCGGUCUUAUUAGUGCCAUCGUUAUCUUAAUAUAUCAGCUUGUUGUGUUCUGUUUAUUUGUGUCUUGCCAACAAAACUAUCAUUUUAAAGAAGUCUUUACGAAGAUGAAUGGAAAUGAAGAUGUUUCAGUACAAGGCUGUCCGGAGCAGAUUAAGUGACUUCUUGUGCUUCAGCCUACUUUCCCUUCAGGGGACAAAUAAACCUUUAUGACAGUAAUCCCUAAAUCAACAGCCAUCCGCAUUCACAACAUGCAAUUCAAUUGUCUUUCUCUAAACCUAGGCUGAGUCUCCAGAGUGGCAUGGGCUCUGGAGGCUCUGGAGGCACUUCCUAAACAAGGGGGGUCUUUAUACUAAAUUGCAGGGUUGCCUAUUUUGGGAUCACGUGACCUCGCCAGCACAGGAUGUCCCACGCAGGAGCGAGCGGUGACGCGGUGCGUGGCCGCAGUCACAGAGCUCGCUCAGCGGCGUGCUCCGACACAUGGGGGGGGAAAGUUGGAGACAAAGUUCAGAAGUUUGAACGAGAAAAGUCACUUUCAGGGAAGUUGGUGCGCCUUUCUGUGACUCCGAGACGACUUCUGUGACACAGUUUUUCUUUUUUUUUUUUUUUUGGCUUAAUAGCCAAUUUUAUCAAUUAAAGUAAGAAAAAAAAAAAGGAUCCCCACUUUUCCAUUUUGCUCUCCUUCAUGUGUGAGCCCGUCGUCCGAGCCUCCGCGCUGCCUUUCAUUCAUCCGGCGGAGGAGACGAGCCCGCGUCCGAGGGUACAAUGAAGCAGUGUGUCCUCGUCCGAGACAAUGCAGCAGCAGCGGCGGCGGCGGCAAGAUGCUACGAGGGGACGACGCUGUUUCUCACAAGACCGGGGGACGCUUCUUUUUGUUGCUCGAUUGCGGAGGGAGAGAGACCAGCUAAAGAAUGAAGCUUUAGCCUCUGCGUGACAAGCUAUGACCAACGCUCAACCCUAGAUGUCCAACUGCAAAGCCAGGACUCAAGAAUGAAGACCAAAUAUGCAAUUGUCUUCAUCUGUAUCGUGGCCCUGGUCAUCAUCGAGAAGGAAAGCAACAUCAUAUCAAGGGUCUCUGAUAAGCUGAUCCAGAGGCAGACGCCACAGCAGACCCUGCAGACUCCACUGGAUUAUGGCAUCGCGACACAAAAUGGCUCCCUGGUGAUGCUUAAAAUGCUGCUCUCUCAACUCACUGGCACACCAGGGAAUUACUCAAGUCUCUCUGCGGAGCAAGAGGAGGACGAAUUAGGUGAUUUAGGCACGUACAGCUUUAGUGGUGGCCGUAAGCACAUACUACUCCUUGCCACCACACGAACAGGUUCCUCCUUUGUGGGGGAAUUUUUCAACCAGCACGGGGAUAACAUGUUCUACCUGUUUGAGCCCUUGUGGCACGUCGAGCGCAUGCUGACCAUGGCCGGAGAGGCAAACAAUGGGACAGUGUUGGCAGGAAUCUACCGGGAGGUAGUCCAGGGACUCUUCCUGUGUGAUUUCUCUCCUCUUGAGAAGUUCAUCUCUCCCCCACCUCAGGACCACGUCACCCCGGCUCUUUUCCGCAGAGAGUCUAGUUUAUCGCUCUGUGAGGAACCUGUCUGCACUCCUGUUGUCAAAGAUGUCUUUGAGAGGUAUCACUGUAAGACUCGUCGCUGUGGGCCGCUGAACUUGACCCUUGCGUCCGAAUCCUGCCUUUCCAAGCAACACCAUGCCAUUAAGACUGUCCGCGUGCGCCAGCUGGAAACAUUGCAGCCUUUAGUGGAGGAUCCCCGCCUGGAUGUGAGAGUGAUCCAGCUAGUCCGAGACCCGAGGGCCAUCUUAGCAUCCCGCAUGGUGGCUUUCUCUUCCAAGUACCAGACGUGGAAGACCUGGGCACAGGAUGGCCAGGUGCCCGAGGAUGAUGAGGAGGUGAAGAGGCUCAAAGGAAACUGCGACCACAUCAGGAUGUCUGCGGAGGUGGGACUGAGCCGACCUCGCUGGCUGAGGAGACGCUACAUGCUGGUGCGUUACGAGGAUAUCGCCCGCUACCCUAUGCAGAAGGCAGAGGAGAUGUACAGGUUCACAGGGAUACCUUUCAGUCCCCAGGCUAGAGAGUGGAUUUUGAGGAACACCCAAACCACGCAGGAAGCCAGCGGGAUUUACUCCACCCAGAAGAACUCAUCAGAGCAGGCGGAGAAAUGGAGAUUUAGCAUUCCCUUCACACUGGCUCAGGUAGUGCAGAGAGUGUGUGGACCUACCAUGAAGCUGUUUGGGUACAAAUUUGUGGACGAUGAAAAGACCCUGAUGAACAAGUCCAUCAGUUUGCUUGAGGAGAGACUAUUUCAUUGAUUGGGGGUUCAGAAAUGUAGCUGUGAAUCUGCGAAACCCCGUGCAGGGAUGCAGUCGGGGCAAGGAGAAGCCACAAUUGCACAGACCGAAACCAGUAAGCAAAGGUGCCACAAGACACCUAACAUGUUUUACUGGUGACAGUAAGAUCUGUGCCAUACAAUAAUAUUCAUGCUCACCAAUGAUGUGCCUCAUUGAACCAAUGAAGAGCCACUUGAUAAAGAGAAGUAUUUAUUUGCAUACUGUGUUUACUUAAAAGCCUGGCAUGUACUAAGCUUUAUUUUAUUUAAAAUGAAAUAAGCAUAAUAGUCAAGCCUGACUUUUAAGGGACUAUUAUUGUCAGAUUUUAUCGAUAGUUGAUCAUCGUAAGAUUUUCAGGGAUAAACUUAAGGGAAAGUGAAAGUGAUGUAUGUUUUGUUUGUGCUGUUUUGUGUGUCUGAAAGAGCGGACGUUUCUGUUCAUAUGAUAUCGACGCGGUGCUUGAUUUUGCCUAGUUCAACCCGGUUUGUUCUUUGUUAGAUCUGCACUAGAUUUUCACAACAGAUUCAGAUUAGACCUGAUGGGCUUUUAUGGGACUUUACGUAUCUGACUCAGGUAAAGUGAAUGUAGGAUUGUAUUUUGUGGUGUUUUCGUGUGCUGUGUUCAGUUCCCAAAAGUGAAAAUACAGACUGAUACUUGAUGUAUUUAACCAAAUGCCAUUUAAAAGCAAUUCUAUUGUAAUGUAAUUCAGGAAUCGCUACAGUAUACCAUAAAAACAGAGGUUAUGAAAUAUAUGAAAUGAGUUGUGUAAUACUAUAGAAAAAAUAUAUCUUACUGUAGAUGCCUACAUGUGUCGUCAACAUACAAGUGUUGUCAGUACCCAUAACUGUAGUAACGUAUUUCCCAGUGCUGCCUCCUCAACAUUAAGCCAGCUUGCAGUUUGGGUGUCGUUUUACGAAGCCUUCUCAGCUCCCGUCGCUAUGCCCCUUUUAAUCUCAACCUGAACGUGUUUUUCACAAACACACGAACGAAAUUCUUAUGCAAGGACUUGAUUUAACCAAUUCCAAUUCAAAGAAAUGAAAUCAGCGGUGACGUGGAAAAACUACUACUUCAUGUCAGUCUUGACUUUUUACGAAUAAAACAAUAAACUUGUCGA